AUGGUGGACAUUGAAAAGCAACAAAGUGCAAGCGCUACUACUACCAGUAAGCUUCUUCAUUUUAUAAUUCGUUCAAUCCCGGCCAUUAUAUUGUUAGGUUUCAUUGCAAUUACUGGUAGCGGGGUGCUUUUAAACAAAGAUCAAGAUUACUUUCCAUUGAGUUCCAAAAAUUGCGGGAGUAGACCAUUAUGUCCGAUAAUCCCUUAUGUUCGGCCCGAUUCUUAUCAUUCCGAUAACUCCACUGUAUUAAAGAUUAUUUCAGAUGAACUGUUCCGAAACCUGUCUGCCAAGAAGCUUUCAGGUGCUGUUAGAAUUAAGACCGAUGUUUAUGAUGAUAGUCCAUUGGUUAAGGAAGAUCCAAAGUAUUGGGAUGAUAAAUUUAAGCCAUUCUAUGAAUAUUUGGAAUCUACUUUCCCUAAUUUAUUUGAGUUUGCUGAAGUGGAAAGAAUCAAUGGAUGGGCUUUGGUGUUUACAUGGAAAGGAUCCAACCAUUCCUUGAAGCCAAUCUUACUCACGGCCCACCAGGAUGUAGUACCAACCCAGGAUGCAACUUUGAAGGAUUGGACUUAUCCACCAUAUGAAGGUGUCUAUGAUGGAGAACAUCUUUGGGGCCGUGGUUCCGCUGAUUGUAAGAACCUUCUUAUUGGGGUCAUUGAGGCACUCGAAGAACUUCACGCCAAUGGAUUCAAACCUAACAGAACCAUUGUUUUAGGCUUUGGAAUUGAUGAGGAGAUUGGUGGGGAAAGAGGAGCUUCGAAAAUUGGUGAAAAGCUUCUUGAAAAAUAUGGCAAAUCAUCAUUUUAUGCUGUUAUUGAUGAAGGGGGACAAAGUUUGAUUGAACAAGAGGGUAUUUUUUUGGCUUUACCAGGUACGGGUGAAAAGGGUAUCGUGAAUGUUGUGAUUGGAUUGAACACUCCAGGAGGGCAUUCAUCAGUUCCGCCAGAUCAUACAAGUAUUGGUAUAUUAUCCAAAUUAAUCAGUUCGAUUGAGGAUGAACCAUUCCAUGCUAUUUUCUCUCCAAGAAAUCCAACAUUCCAUGAAUAUCAAUGUAUUGCUACCCACUCUCCAUCACUUCUGCCAGCAGUUAGAACUGCUAUUUUGAAUGCCGAGGCAAAUCCACUUGCAAAUGAAGUUGCAAUCGAAUACUUGACUCACCAAUCACUUGCCACUCGGUACCUUAUCGAAACAACUCAAGCUGUUGACUUGAUUCAUGGAGGUGCUAAGCUGAAUGCCUUACCUGAAUAUACUGAAGCGGUAAUCAACCAUCGGAUAUCUGUUGAAAGUUCUGUUAAUGAAACUGUCUCAAAGGAUUUGCGCCAUGUUUUGAAGAUAGCCAAACGUUUCAACUUGGGGGUUCUAUACGAAGAUACAGAACUUCUUCCCAAAACCGAUGCUGGAUAUUUUACUGUUCACAAGGAGGGCAGCUUAGAGCCUGCUCCACUCACUCCAGUCAAUGAUAAGCAUUGGGACAUUUUAGGAGGUGUCAUUAGACAUGUGUAUGAAGAAGUGGCCUACCCUAGUAAGUUUGAUGACAAGCCUGUUGUAGUUGCCCCUGGAAUCGCAACAGGAAACACCGAUACUCAUUGGUAUUGGCCUCUUACUGAACAUAUUUAUCGUUAUAGACCAGGCCUCACUCCUACUGUCGAAACUCAUGCUCAUGGUGUGGAUGAGCACAUUCCGUUUGACUCUCACUUGCAAAUUAUUGCAUUUUACUACCAAUAUCUUCAAGUGAUUGACUCGUUAGAGGAUUGA